GAGACAAGCCCAAGGUAUCGGUAAGGCCAAGUGCUACCUCGCGUAGCGUGUGAAUGCACAAAGCUGUGCAUCUUGCGGUGCGUGUUGACCGCGUUUCCAGGGCUCUGAGAUUGUAGAUACGAAAGUCCGCCUACUUGGCCAAGAUCUGUGUUGCCUAAAGCAGCAAGGAUACUGAUUGGGAAAUACUCAAUUCAUGACUAUCUUGUUUAUCGUCUGGCGCAGAUGAGGGGGGGCGCUGGCACGCGGGACGCGUACCUCAAUUUAAACGGCAACGCGGGACAGUGAAUGGACCAAGAAAUGAUCGACCGAAGAAGUCCUCUCCCCCCCUCCAAACUCUCGUAUUGCGAAAGCUCAGGGAAUUUCCUCGGAUAGCUUCUCACUAAACAAGCGCAGAGCAUUCCCUGGACCAACAUUGCCAGUUCUCACGCUGCGACCUUGCUGAAGGG